GUGUGUGUGGUUGUGCAGGGUGGUACCAGGAGGUUCUGUCCCCAACUCUACCAGACUGGAGCCCUUUCAUUGCUGCCCGUUGGCAGCGGCCCCAGGAGGCGGGGUGCACUGGGGGCCCGGCCGUGCAUCACCAUUCAGGCCUCGCUGAUCACACAAGGUGCAGUUGUCCUUCUCUGACGGUUCCCCUGCCCAGUUCAUUGUCCAGCCGGUUUCAUAUCUCAGCGCAAUAAGGACUUGUUGGACAUUCCACAUCGAACAUCCCUGCAGAUCAGCUGGAGAUGACAUCAUUCAGCUGCAUAAACUGAAAUUAUACAGCGAGUAAAUAUCUCUCAGGCACGUGGAUUGUUGCAGGAUCCUUCCACCCUUUGGCCGACACAGUAAAAGGGACUGGGGUCCAUCGGCAGGUGCUUGCCAUGGCAUCGCCGGCGAGCCACAUGCUUGAGGUGGCGCUGGAGCAGAUGGACGGCAUCAUCGCAGGCUCCCAAGCAGUUGCUGGGCAGGAUGAGGUGUUGCGGCUCGUCGAAGAAUUGAAGACGGCUUUGGAGGCAAAGGCCAGUCCACAGCACUGGGACACCGUAAGGAAGCAGCUCCCCAGCGCCACCACUCAGAUCCUCAAGGAAUGGCUGAACGAGGUCACGGUGAGGGAUGAGACCCAUCAGGAACGUCUGAUACGUCUAGAGAGCGACAGGGAGUCUCUGGUCCUUCAGGUGAGUGUCCUCACAGACCAGGUGGAAGUCCAAGGAGAGAAGAUCCGGGACCUAGAGAGCUCCCUAGAGGAGCAUCAUCAGAAGCUCCACUCCACUGAGGAGAUGUUGCAGCAGGAGAUGCACGGCCGGGCAUCGCUGGAGACACAGAAGCUGGACCUCAUGGGUGAGGUUUCCUACUUGAAGCUGAAGCUAAAGGGCUUUGAGGAAGAGCAGAAUGAGAUGUACAGCAAUCAGCACAAAGCUGAGGUUUUGCUGCAGCAAAUUCAACUGCUAAAGGACAAAGUAGAUGAUCUGGAGUCACAGAAAUCGCAGUAUGAAAGAAAGCUGAAAGCAACAAAGGUGGAGGUUGCGAGCCUGAAGCAGCUACUGGCUGCUAAGGAUGCAGAGAUUGAGAGACUGCAGGUCCAGCUGUUGUCAGACAGGCCCAGGGAGCCUGUGGAGCCAGAUAAGGAUGUUCAGAGGCUGAAAACAGAGAUGGAAGCUCUAUUAAUUGAAAAUGACCAGAAGGAGCGGCGCAUAGAGGAGCUCACGUUUCUUCUCCAGCAGCACAGGAGGGUCCACAAGGUGGCAUCUCUGGCUCGAGGCAAGGGUCCAUUGUCUGGUGAGGGCACUUUGACCGGCAGCAGCGAGGAGGACUUGAGUGGAGCAUCGAAGAUGAUUGUCCAGGAUUUCAAGAUGCCCUCCAACAGCUCCUCACCUCUGCGAGCGUUCCCUCAGUCAGAGCAGCAGGAUGUGGGUUCCAGGAUGCAGCUGAGGAUGCUCUCCAGCAGUCUGACUGAGCUGAAGAGUGGAUCCCUACAGAAGACUCGGCAGAUGGACAGUCCCAAGUGUCAGAGCCUCCCGGGGAGGCUGUCCCAACCCCAUCGCCAUGAAGGGGGACAGCAGCAGUGCCCUGGCAAAGUCACAGGGAAGGCAGACCUUUUGUCUUCGGCUCCUGGGUUCUACACAAGUCGCCAUCUCCCCGCGGACCUGCACAGCGGCCUGAAGCGAUUCUGGGGGAGGAUCCGAAGGACCCAAUCUGGCAGACUCCCUGUCGAAGAGCUGGAGACCGGCGAAUUCCACAGGGGAGGACUGCGUUCCAUCCCUGGUCCACGGUUGGUCGGUAGCACCAGCACUGUAGUGAGUGCAGCCCGACACAAGAAUAUACCCUUCUCCCUCUGGAGUCCUGAUCAGGUGUACGACUGGCUGGAGGAGCUUGGCCUGGACCAGCUUGGAACCUCGGCGCGGCAAUGGAUCCGCAGUGGACAGAUGCUCCUGGACGCCACACCCCAUGACUUGGAGAAGGAAAUGGGGCUCAAACACCCCUUGCACAGGAAGAAGCUGCAGUUGGCUCUCCUGUCACUCAGCAGUGUGCAGACCGAGAAGUCCUCCCAACUGGGGCACACGUGGGUCACACGUUGGCUUGAUGACAUCGGUUUACCGCAGUACAAGGACCAGUUCGGCGAAGCCAGAGUGGAUGGCAGGAUGCUGCAGUACUUGACCGUGAACGACCUCCUGCUCCUCAAGGUUACCAGCCAGCUGCACCAUGUCAGCAUACGCUGUGCCAUCCAUGUUCUGCACAUCCACGGGUUUGACCCGCACUAUUUGAGGCGUCGGCCGGGGGACGAGAACGAGACGUCCCCAGGAGAGGUCUUGCGAUGGUCCAACCACCGUGUGAUGGAGUGGCUGCGCUCGGUGGACCUGGCCGAGUUUGCCCCCAACCUGCGAGGCAGUGGUGUCCAUGGCGGCCUCAUCAUGUUGGAGCCUCGCUUCAAUGCCGACACUCUGGCGUCGCUUCUGAACAUCCCUCCGCUCAAGACCCUGCUGCGCCGUCACCUGGGCACCAGUUUCUGCGCACUCAUUGGUCCGCUGGCCCAACGCGAGAAGCAGGACUUCUUGGAGGGGCCUGGACACACCCCUCUGAAUUCCACAGCUAAAGUCCGGCCCAGGAAGUUGGGCUUCUCCAACUUUGGGCACCUGAGAAAGAAGAGGGUGGUUGAAUGUCCCGAGUACAUCUGCCCCAUGGAGAGUACUCCGUCAGCUGUGAAUGGAGGCCCCAAGGGCCAGUACCCGUUGCUGGACACAGUGGCUGGGACCCUGGAACAGGUAUCUGAGUUCAGUGCCUCUGGGUUACAGGUACAAGCUAAGGAUCACCGCACCUUCAGUGUUACCUGCAUAAGGGAAACAACACUCUAAACCCAGGGUUUGACUCUAUGGACCUUCAUCACACUCCACCUGCACACCUUUUCACCUUUAGCACUUCCUGCACCUCCAGCCAGUGCUGCUUGGGCAUCUGCUUCCAUCCAACACUACUUUGUGUCUCCUUCUUCACCCACCACCUGUGGCUUCACCUCCACCCAGGAUCACCCCUGUUUCCAGCUCUUCCGCCGACUGAUAUCCAGCUCCACUCCAGAGACUAAGGAGGAGACACUGAAUGUGGCUGGCUAUAAUGGAUGGCCAACAAGAAGGCCAAAAUCCUGGAAUCUAAUGAACUCACCAUAGUGGGUUUCACCACCUUCCAUAGCGGAUCACUUCAGUUUACGGUCAUGUCAAUAUAUGUGGAGGAGACGUAAAGGCCCCAGAGACAUCUACAGAUGAACAGUAACUUUCUUCAGGGUCAAAGAAACAUUCUGCCCUGACCAAGGAGCUCUUGAGGACUGGGGGCUCUCAUAACUUCACAAAUACUGAUGGACAAAUACCUUAGUACCCUGUCCAAAACACUGCAUUUACCACAUUAUAACAAUGCAUUAACAUUGUUGGAGAGAAGAAUACAUGAUGGAGCAAAAUUCCCAUUAACAGUGCACUUAAUUUUUAAUACUCAGUGGUGCUGGCAAAUA